GUUGCCUAGCAGUCAAUGUUCCGGGUGAACUUAAGCCCCCUGUGUUCUGUUAAGGAGAGCCCGCUGCCCUGUGAUCAGCAGUAGCUAUCGCAGCCUGUUUAUUAGUGUGACAACCCUACCAGAAAGCCCUCCGCGGUGAAACUCUUCGCUCUUCGUUAGGGGCUCCCACCCCCCACCCCCACCACACAGCUGAGUUGUUUACCAAACGUCAAGCCGCUUCGCUUUGUUCUUCUACCUGCUGUCAGAUCAACGCUGCACCACCAACACUCAGAUGAUGGCAGUCCAUCUACAGCGCCCCCUUGCAGCUAUGUGUUGCCUGUUUCUGUACUGCCUGAUUGGGGUACUGUCUAGUCCGGACCCCAGACUGAGAGAGGCUCUCAUAGAGCUUGAGGCCUCCAUGCAGACAGGAGGUCAGAUGGUGCUGACGGAUGCCGAGCAGCGGCUGGAUGCUCUUCUAUUUAAAUUGAAGCAGGAGGAAAUGUCCAGAGAGGAUUUUCCUCCAGCCAUGCAUUUCUUCAGAGCCAAACAUCUCAUCCAGACCAGUCCCAUUUUCAGGCUGUUGCAGAAGAUGCCUAAAGGUGGAGCUCUUCAUGUCCACGAUGUCUCCAUGGUGGACGUAGAGUGGCUGGUGAAGAACGUCACCUACCGGCCGCACUGCUACAUGUGCAGCACAGACAACAUGUCCGUCAGGUUUAUCUUCUCGUCUCAGUCGCCCAAACCUCUGGCUCGUUGCUCUCCCUGGGUCCUGCUGGAGAACCUUCGCGCUAAGAUAGUCAACACAACAGAUCUAGACAACAGCAUCAGGGGCAACCUGAGCCUCUUCACUGACCGGGAUCCGGAGGCAGUCUACCCCAGUCAGGACGUGGUUUGGGAUCGGUUCGAGCAGGCCUUCCAAGCCGUGUGGGGUCUGGUCACUUAUGCUCCAGUAUUCAGAGAUUAUUUCUACCAGGGCCUGACCCAGUUCUACACGGACAACGUCAUGUAUCUGGAACUGCGUGCUAUGCUCCCAGAGGUGUAUGAACUGGAUGGCAGCACACAUAACAAAGCAUGGACCAUGAAGACCUACCAGGACAUUACCAAGCAGUUUGUGUCGACGCACCCAGACUUCUUUGGAGCGAGAAUCAUUUUUACACAUCAAAGGCGAGCAAAUAUAUCGGCAGUAGCUGAAGCUGUGAAAGAGGCAAUGCAGCUAAAGAAAGACUUUCCUGAUUUCCUGGCUGGCUUUGACCUGGUGGGUCGGGAAGACCGAGGCAAACCCCUGUGGUACUUUAGAGAUGCUUUGUCACUCCCUGCAAAGAAAGGCAUCCAGCUUCCUUUCUUUUUCCAUGCUGGAGAGACGGAUCUUGAGGGCACUGAGGUGGAUCAGAACCUCUUAGAUGCUCUGCUCCUGAACACAUCUCGUAUCGGCCAUGGAUUUGCUCUGCUGCGGCAUCCAGUGGCCAAAGAUUUAUCCAGGAAGAGAGGGGUGGCGGUGGAGGUCUGCCCCAUCUCUAACCAGGUUUUAAAGCUUGUGAACGAUUUACGGAACCAUCCAGCUGCUGCUCUCAUGUUGGAAAAUCAUCCACUGGUCAUCAGCUCUGAUGACCCAGCCAUGUUCGGGGCUUCUGGUCUUUCUUACGACUUCUAUGAAGCCUUUGUGGGCUUCGGGGGCAUAAAGUCCCACAUCGGCUCCCUUAAAGAGCUGGCCAUGAACUCCAUCAGGUACAGUUCUUUGUCUCGAGAACAACAGAAAGAGGCGCUGCUUCUGUGGCAGAGGAGAUGGAACACAUUUGUGACUGAAAAUGAGUUUCUGAAAAUCAACUAGAACUUUUUUCUGACCUUCAUACCCGUUUCAACUGUCCCACUAAAGCAGGUCCUCUUUGAGCUGCUUCCUGUCUGACCUAAUAUGGGCACAGACCAGGACUUCCUCUUCUUUAUUGUAGAAGAAGAGAAGAAGAACGAGGAGGAUUAGGUCUGAUCAAAUAUGCGGAAAGGAAGUGGAAUAGAUGCUCAGCUUACACAUCAUUUCAUGAUUAAUCUGGUUUUAUCUUCUUAAUAGAAACUUUUUUUUUUCUUUUUUCAGAAUGGUUUACAGGGAUUUGGUUUUACAAUCUUUAUUUUAUAUGUUGUUUAUGUUUGUGUCAAAGAAAAAACCUUCAUAAGGUUUGUAUGUAGAUGUGAUCUGUUUGUUUUCUAACAUUUGCACAUUUAAUCCUGACUAAAUUGACUGAGAUGAA